ACGGAUGGCUGUUGAAAGGGAGAGGGGUUAACUUUAAAAUGCAAUCUUCAAGUCUCAAUCAGCAAAUUAUUAACAAGAGCCGCGCUUACUAUUCAUACUUCCCAAUCUGAAACCUUGUCUCCUGUGUGUCUGGAUGAUUAGACUGUAUCAAUAAAUAGUGGCUGGGGUAAAACCUCUAAAGAGCUUAGCUCAUAAUUGGCAGCCUACAGACAAUGGUGUCUCUGUCAACAAGACGCAGCAGAGAGACUUUUGGGAUGAAGACCACCGCUGUCUACUUUACUAACCAGCAAUAAUUACAUGUGUACCCAUGAGGUUAUGUGGUAAGAUUCAGAUCAAAGCAAGAACGUGUGAAUAAAUCCCCUAAUUCACUGUCAAAUUAUGUUUUUUAUUGAAAUAUUCACAUAGACUCUGGGUAUAACCUGUAUUCUCUCGAAUGACCAGCAGAGGGCAACUUAACUUGUUACAAAAUUUGAAUUCAUUUUCUAUAUGAGGAAAUGGCUCUUACUUGACUUAUCAACAUCAGUAAAUAUUUUCCUGAGGAGUUUAUGGUUCAAUCUCUAGUGUCAAGUCUUUUUCACAAUGAUUAUUUUUUGUCAAUCACGUUCCCAUUUAGAGUAAAAGAGACAAAGUCCUCCAGCUGUCAGUCCGCCCACACACACCCACGCUCCUCCAAAUGUGCUUAAAAAAACAACAAAAUCAAGUCGGCGCUGGCCAAAAAGCCAAAUUCUAGGCUUCAAAACUGCACUCCACAAACCAAUGUGUGACUGUGGAUCGCCACUUGGUUCGGCCACCACAGAAUUGUCAUGUACUAAACUGUCAGUCACCGAGACUCAUCGUCAGCAUCUCCUCCCUGCAGAUAAAACACACGAUGUUGGCCACUUCCAGUGACCUUGUCACACAACGUUGUUGAAUGUUGUCAUUUGGUUUGAAGGUAAGAUUUGGAUAUUACAAUGCGACAACCCCAAAAAUAAUUUUCAGAGAAAUUAGACCAAACAGUUCGCACUUGCUAAUAGGACAUUUUGUGUCCCGACCUGAUGGGACUUGUGUCACGAGUAGAUUUGUGAUUCAUUCAAACUGACACUGUCAUUUAAGCUGACUAGAGUAGCUUUAAAAUACUUAAAAUCUCCCCGAUUAGCUUCGCCGUCCUUUGCUGUUGCCAUGUUGUCCUCAAGCGUCUCAGUAUUUUAGGGACAAUAAGGACUUACUGUAACACCUCGGUGACCUGAAGGCUCUGCUCUGUACAUUAAGCUUGUCGGACUUAAGACCACAUCAUUGCAGAGAAUCUGUUUAAAUGAUUCUCCACUCCGACAGACAGGGGCUAAAUUGUUCAACUUUAAGGAGUCGUGGUAAAACGGACGGCUCCAGUCACCUGAAACUUUAAAGAAAGGUUUAAAUCGCACUGGUAUUGACGGGUCAGUUUUGAUAAAACAAGUCCAAGAGAAUGACUUGGUUGAAAUCAUCCAAUUUUCAUGAGGAGCUAAAACCUCGCUGUGACGAAGUUUGCAUUCUCAUUUUCCAGCUGACACAAAGUCGACCAUUUCACAAUCAAUCUGCUGUCCAAAUCAUAACGAUGGCGGUCACGGGAUGCUUCUCUUUUCUUGGAGAUAUCAUUUUGCGGGACUUACUAUGUCGGUAUCGGCGUAACGUGAGCCAUACAAUUUACAUUUGAUGAAAAAAGUGUUUCUGUCUAUUUGCACACGACUCGAAGGGAAAAAGCAAAGACACAAAGCUGAUUAAUAGUAAAAUGUCUUUGUUUGAAAACGUUUAACUCUGCAAAGAGGAAAAUAACGGGACUGUCCCACCUGUUGAUCAGUCUGGUGGCAUUUUAAAGGUGAUUCCUCUUAUAAAAUGUGCUCAUUCAUUCAUUUAUUGCAUGUAGUUUUAAUAGUUCUUUCUAGUUACCUCUGUAGACGGGAUGUUACGUAAAGGUUUAUUGAUUUGUCACUUUUUCGGGUCUCUUUAUUUAACCCCAGGUCCAUUUUGACCUUUUCUUCUGAAAAACUUGGCAAUGCCCUAGUGGCGUUCGUGUGACAUCGGACCUAGUCCUGCUGAUCCUGCACAGAUACCAAAUAUUCUUCUGCAGCCUGCGCCGGUUGUGAGGGUGAACGAGGAAAGAGAUGCAUCCGAGCGCUCGUGACCUGUCUGACCCUGAGUCGGGCUCGGUGAAAGUGACCGAACCGCAGGAAACCCAAACACACCGCAGGUGGGAUCAGCCCUCGGGUCCCGUUUUUUCAUCCCCGAACGGAUCUAAAAUUGUGGGUUUUGUCAAGAGAAAUACCUUGUUCGUUCUCACGAUUGCCGCCGUUGCAUUAGGAAUCGGCCUGGGCUUCGCUCUGCGUCACGUGGACAUGUCAGCCAGGAAUGUCAGAUAUUUGACCUUUCCUGGAGAGCUGCUGAUGAGAGUCCUGCAGAUGGUGUCGCUUCCUCUCAUCAUUUCCAGUCUCAUCGCAGCAGGCAUGUCGUCGGUGGACAGGAAAGGGUUUGGGAGAAUCGGGCUCAGGGCCUUCAGCUACUACACGGUCACCACACUGAUCGCAGCAUUCACUGGCAUCGCUUUGGCCUCUGUCAUCCAGCCAGGGACGUCAUCCAGGAACCCGCCGACGCCCUCUGGUGGUAAAGUGGAGGCUGUGCAGAGCGUGGACGCCUUUCUAGAUCUAAUCAGAAACAUGAUCCCCUCAAAUUUGGUUGAAGCUUGUUUCAGAAAGUUUAAAACAGUUUAUUCCAGGAAUGACUCUGUGGGAAUCAGUGUUACCGAGGCCAGUGAAAACAACGACACAGUACCCACGGCGGGCACCUCAGAUGGGGUGAACAUGUUGGGGCUGUUGGUCGUCUCUGUCGCCUUCGGCCUCACUCUGGGCAGCAUGGAGACUCGGGGGAGGCCUCUGAGGGAUUUCUUUGACUGCCUGAACAAAGCUGUUAUGCACCUGGUCAACAUAGUCAUCUGGUACUCCCCUGUGGGAAUCAUCUUCCUACUCGCAGGGCAGAUUGUGAAGAUGGCGGAUACCGGAGAGAUUGGCCGCGAAGUUGCCAUGUACGCUCUCACGGUGAUCGCCGGCCUGCUGAUUCACAGCUUCCUCACUCUGCCCCUCGUCUACGUUGUUGUCACGCGGAGCAAUCCCUUCAGAUUCAUGGGUGGUCUCCUUCAGGCUCUCGCCACCGCCUUUGGGACUUCAUCGAGCUCCGCGACCUUACCUGUGACCCUCCACUGUAUGGAGGUAAAUCACAACAUGGACAAGCAAGUGACGCGCUUCAUGCUGCCUACAGGCGCCACUAUGAACAUGGACGGUGCCGCACUCUAUGAGGCAGUGGCAGCUUUAUUCAUAGCCCAGCUUCAUAACAUGGACUUUGACCUGGGUCAAAUCAUUGUCCUCAGUUUGAUCGUCACAGCUGCCAGCACCGGUGCAGCAGGCAUCCCGCAGGCUGGGAUGGUCUCCAUGGUGAUUGUGUUGUCAUCAGCUGGACUGCCCACUGAAGAUAUAUCGCUGCUUAUGAUUGUCGAUUGGAUUCUGGAUCGUUUGAGGACGGCCACCAACGUCCUGGGCGACUGCAUCGGUGUGGGCGUAGUGCAGCAUCUGUCCAGACAGGAGCUCCGGAGCCCCGGGCCUGCAGAGGAAAGUUUGGUGGAAGAAAGUCUCCGGCUCUGAGUUGCAUGAUGCUUCAUGACAGCAUUCAAUUGCCGAUGGCUAAGAUUCAUGCGAUAUGUAACUUCUAUUACCUGUAACGUACAGAAGUACUUGAUGCACAUUUAUCAUAGAAUAUAUAUAGAAUUGCAGAUGGAGAAAAAGGUCUUUCACUCUGUGAAUUAGCCGACCCUGCUCCCGCUUGUGUUAAGUAGGAGGAAUGACACGUUUUGGAAGCCAAAAUGACGAGUCGGAGAAUUGACAGCACACUUUCUCUACAAUGCAGUUUAAGAUUAAAGCAUAAUUCAAUUCAAUUCAAUUCAAUUCAAUUUUAUUUGUAUAGCGCCAUAUCACAACAUACAUUGUCUCAAGGCACUUUACAUAGUGAGGUCAAUAUUACAAUAUUACAGGGAAAA